AGAUAGUCUACAGCAAGACCCAGACAAACUUCAGUGGGGUCCCAGCUACGGUAGAGGAAGGUGUUACUGCUUAGCGGAAGGGUAUCGGCAGGUGGAAGAAACGGCAGCCAUUGGUCAAUUUCGAGGGAGCUUGGCAUCAUCGGCGACAUGGACUGGCAGAGCAUUUUCACCGAGAGCCCGAGGAUGGCGCUGGGGCUGUCCAUCGGAGCGGGUCUCCUCAUCUACUAUUUGGUAGAGGCAGUGAAGCGCCCUCUGCUGGCCUGCCGAAGGAGCCUCUGGCGGGACUUCCUGAGCUCCAACCUGAGUAUCCUGCAGGAGCGCUACUGGCCCACGCCCUGGUGCUUCGAGAGUCGCUGCCAGACCAUCCUGGCCUCGGUCCUCCGCUCCAGACUGCCUGAUAUAACGUAUAGAAGAGAGUUACUGCAGCUGAAGGACGGGGGGCAAGUGUGCCUGGACUGGCUGGACAACGCUGCUGACGAUGCUAAGAAGCCCUUGAUCAUCAUCCUGCCGGGGCUGACGGGGUCCUCCCAGAGCGAGUACGUCAAGAGCUUCGUCCUGAUGGUGCAGAAGGCCGGGGCGCGAUGCGUGGUCUUCAACAACCGAGGGCGCGGCGGCGUGGAGCUCAAGACCGCAAGGACGUACUGUGCUGCCAACAGUGAUGACUUGGAGGAAGCUAUCCUGCACGUCAGGAGCAAGUACUCAGAGGCCCCACUCAUGGCCACUGGGAUAUCUCUUGGGGGGAUGAUUCUAGGGAACUAUCUAGCGACGCGAGGAGAGAAAGCAGCAGAGCAUCUGGUAGCAGCUAUGGUGCUCUCUAUCCCCUGGAAUGUAUUCGUUGGCACGGAGAGCCUCGAAAAACCCCUUUGGAACCUCUUGCUCAACCGCCACCUGGCCCACUGCCUUGUCGAUUCCAUCAGGAGCAUGAGGAAGCAGCUUGAAGGGAACUAUAACUGGGAUCUCGACCAUGUCCUACAGAGCAAGACCAUCAGGGAAUUUGAUUCGAGAUUCACUGCUGUACAAUUCGGAUUCCGUGAUGUUGAAGAAUAUUAUAGGACUGCCUGCCUCCAUGAUAAGCUUGAUAAUAUUAAGGUGCCUUUGUUGUGCCUCUCUGCCGCAGAUGACCCUUUCCAACCUAUGGAAGGUAUCCCAGUGGAAGCCGCAAAUAAGUCGAGUCACGUGGCUAUUGUGGUGACUGCUCGAGGUGGACAUAUUGGCUUCAUGGAGGGAAUGUUUCCAACAAACACCUAUUACAGUGAUCGCCUCUACGGACAGCUGGUCAAGGGAAUAUUCUCCAAUUUGGAAGCCAUGAAGAAACUCAAGAAGGAAGCCGAUGACUAUGCCAGAAAUUGCAGCAGUGAAGCUAUAGGUUCAGAAUCAUAGAUUUCUCUGUUUUAGAAUUUAUUUUGGUAAUUAUUAAUUAUGAACAAAAACUUUACAUUUGAGAGAUUCUCUUUAUUGUGUAUAUUUCUGUUUGGUUGUAUACUCUGUAGUCUUAAUUUUUUUUAUAUAUUUAGGUGGAAUUUUUAGUCUUUCUGGUUAUCUUGGCUGUAGUAUUUAUUUGAGAGCAUAAUUGUUAACUUUUGAGUACAGUUUAUUGUCCUUUAAGAUUUUUGUUGAUAUGUGAAGGGUUUAAAUUUUAUUACUGGUGUAAUUCAGUUUACUGAUGUUCAUAGGCAGUUAACAUCACAUUGCAAACUACUUUUAUGCUGAAUAAAAAAGUGAAACUACUUACCAAUA